UCUUUGAAAGUAUUUGUUUCUGCGACACUUGUGGGAGACAUGGCUGUAAUAACUGGUCGAAAAGUGACUUUACUGCUGUUCAUAUUGUUGCAGAUGUCGUACAAAAGUGAAGCAACAGAAUACUUAGAAGAUAACUGUGGUGAAAGUAUUGUGAGCUAUGGCGGUCGCCUUGAAUCACAGAGAUAUGCUACUUACCGAAAUAAUUUUCAGUGUUCUGUAAUUCUGGAAGCACCAAGUAGAGAAUUCAAAUUAAUAAUCCAGUAUGAAUACAUAGAUUUGGAAUACUUUGAUGAUACAACUUGUGUUGACUAUAUUGAAAUUCGUGAUGGUGACAGUUAUUUAUCAAAGUUGUUACUGAGGGCUUGUACAAUAGAUAUAAUUGAAGGGUACUAUCACGAGUCAACAUCGGACAAAGUAAUGGUACGAAUGGUUACUGAUGAAGCCAUCACUUCAAGGGGAUUUUCGUUAAUCUUCACAGCAGUUAAAUAUAAUAAUUCAGAAUGCGCCAACCAGGGAAUGUUUGAUUGUGGUAAUAACUAUUGUAUCAUCAAUGAUCUCACUUGUGAUGGUAUCGACAACUGUGUGAACAACCAUGACGAAAUAUUUAACAAUAGAUACUGUCCAGUCGUUGGUCCUGAUACUGAUAAGCCUGCCCGUGACCGUGCGGUAAACAUAGCAACCGAUGCAGUGACCACCGUGCUGAUCAGUUUGAUGGCAACAUAUUGGUUUGAGUGGUAACAAGCAUUAUUUAUACACCGCGUGGCAAAUAAGUGACCCAUAACAUUAUUAGUAGGAUAAAACUAAACUGUGCGUGUGUCGUUGUUAUUCUAUGAUAACUAGUCAUUUCCCAAUAUAAUCCAACGUGUGACAAACUAAUUUAGUAACUUUUUGAACACAAAAGCCAAAGUUGUUACUGCGUAUUCGCUCCCACAUGAUGCUCAUGUAUUCUAACUUUUUACUGCAUUUUCAAUUUACAAAACCUCUAAACAAUACAAAUAUCAGUUGCAACCUUUUGUGACAAACCCAUAACUACUAACAAUUCAUAUUAGUUGUAACGUCAUGUGCCGUAACCAUAGUAACAAUCUAUAUUAGUUUUAGAACUUAUUUGAUAAUUCAACUAUAAAUGUAUAUACUGAUGAAUCAGAAACACAAACAUACAGUAAAUUUAUCAAUUUUUUUUUUUUGGCUAAUCAGACAAACGCUAGUAAAACCUGGAUAAACUCGUCAAUUUGACCAAUGUUAAUGGGGGGGGGGUGUAAAACUACUUUGCGAAUUAUUCUUUUAAAACAUUCUCUCAUAGUUUUGUCCCAUAGAGAAAUAGUAGGCGCGUUACUGCUUAUAAAUACACAUUGUUUUAUUUGUUCAGCUUGUCAUAGAUAAUUCGCAUUUACUGUAGCGUAGUGUAUUAAUCUUAUACUUGUACAUUUGUACUUGACUCUAAUCGAUGUAAAUGAUUCCUGAGUUGAUAUGCUAAUAAAGGCCAAUGAAGAUGGCGGCACUGUGAGUUCAA